CUCGUCAGACGCAAUCAAAUCUGAGUUGGAGCAUCAGCGAGCAACGAUCAUUAUUAUUUAUUUAUUUUUUGACGACGCGACAUUUUUAAUACCUCUCUUGGUGGAUUCGUUCGAAGUUUAGUUAAUCUUCGUUUCCAACCAUGGGAAUGUCAAAGAUUUUGCUGUUCGCGUGUUUCGCCGUUGUUGGCUUUUCGUCGUCCUUGGCUGACUUAUUCGAGCCAUCCUGCACCCCUCCGGGUGCCCUUUGUGAUAAAGCCGAUCAAUGCUGCUGGCCCUUCACCUGCGAUCCCUACCGAGCACGUUGCAAAAUACGUUGGCCAUUUCCACCGCCAACAUGUGUUCCACUCAACUCAACGUGCGCAACUAGCACAGAUUGCUGCAAGCCCAUGAAAUGCGACGAGACGACCAGCACCUGCAAACUGACCGUAAACGAAAGGUGCAGACCUGGAGGAUCAAUCUGCUCUAGAGACGACCAGUGCUGCCUGCAAUUGUAUUGCGACCCCUACAAGGCUCGCUGCAAGUCUCGCCCAAACAAGCCAAAGCCACCUCCGAAAUGCCGUCCAAUGAACGCUACUUGCUCGGCUGGAGAAAAGUGCUGCAAGCUCCUCAGUUGUGACGCGGGAGUGUGCAAGAUGUUCGAAGAACGAUUUUGUCGUCCAGCCGGAUCACCUUGUAUCGAUGACGAGCAGUGCUGCGGCGAAGCGGAAUGCGACGCGGCGAUAGAUGUCUGCCGUUUACCAGCCCCCACGUCUACCGUUACCUCGACAAUUGGCACCACGACCGAAGGAAGUUCGACUUCGAGCGAAGGAGGCACCACAUCCACAGGCACCGGCACAACCGAAGGAGUAAGCUCAACACCUUCGGCUGGUAGUACAAGCGAAGGAGGCACAACAUCCACGGGCACCGGCACAACCGAAGGAGUAAGCUCAACACCUUCGGCUGGCACCACGACCGAAGGAAGUUCGACUUCGAGCGAAGGAGGCACCACAUCCACGGGCACCGGCACAACCGAAGGAGUGAGCUCAACACCCUCGGCUGGCACUACGAGCGAAGGAAGUUCUACAAACGAACAAGGUUCCAGCACUUUGGGUUGGAGUACAAGCGAAGGAGUAAGCUCAACAUCCCCGGCUGGCACUACGAUCGAAGGAGGUUCUGCGAUCACAGGUGCCAGUGAAAGCGAAGAAAGCUCUAUUUCUGAAAGUUUGAGCACAGUUAGUGACGAAAAAGAAGAAGUCGUACCCGAAAAAGCAAGCUUCAAUGAAUUUUAUAUCUUGAACUGACUGUUGGUUUUAAAACCAUUUAUUUCACAGUGUUGAAACAUUCAUAAUCUCUCGUCUUUUAAUAUACAAUAUUAAAAAUAGUACAUGA